AUGAUCUACGGGUUGCUCUUGGAUCCUCUAAGAAAGAUCCCCGGCCCAGUAUCUGCCCGGUUCACCCGGCUCUUUCUUAAAAUCGCUGUUCUUAGAGGGCGGAGAUCUCAGUACAUCCACGAUUUGCAUCAGAAAUACGGACACAUCGUCCGGAUCGCCCCCGACGAGAUAGCGAUCGCAAAGCUCGAGACAUUCCGCACCAUCCACCAGAUUGGAAGCGGAUACCAAAAGGCGCCCUGGUAUCUGAAGUUCGUGACGAGUCCCCGUCCCGGGAUCUUUGCCAUGACAGAUCCCAGGGAUCACGCCGCACGCCGGAAGGCCUUCGCGCAGGGAUUUGCCAACACAUCAAUACUGAAGUUUGAGCCUAUCGUCCGCAAGAAGGUGGAGCUUGCAGUGUCCAAGAUCCAGCGAGACGCGGAGGUUGGAACUGCGGAUAUCCUCAAGUGGUUCACGUUCAUGGCGACAGAUAUUGCGGGAGAGCUGUCGUUUGGCCGCUCAUUCGACAUGUUGCAACUAGAGCGGAAAACACAGUAUAUCCGGGAUCUGGAGGUCACCAUGAUGAUAUCUGGCGUGCGGGCUGAGCUUGGCUGGCUGUUUAGUCUUCUACGCUGGCUUCCUCUCAAAGCAAUGCGCGAGGCACUGUCUCUGCCUGGUAGGUUACAAGGAUAUGGGCAGCAGGCGAUUGAGAAUCAUAGGACGCAUCUUCUUGAAAAUGACAAUCCCACUUUGAGUCUCUUCUCGAAGUUCCUGGACCCGAAGAACACACAAGGCCUUCCGAUAGAUGACAUCGCAGUCGAGGCCUCAAAUAUGAUUAUCGCUGGUUCCGACACCACAUCUAUUUCACUGACGUACUUGAUCUGGGCGCUGCUCCGGCCACGGAAUCGAAAAGUCAAAGAGCGCGUACUACAGGAAAUUCGCAAGUUUCCCGUGGAUGCCAGCGCAAGCGACUUCAUGCGCUCGGAAUACCUCAGGGCAGUUGUGAACGAGGCACUGAGACUCUACGGCGCCGCUCCGAGCAGUCUCCCAAGAACCACGCCGCUAUCUGGCGCGCAACUGGGAGGGUAUAACAUCCCCGGUGGAACAACCGUGAGCACCCAGGCGUUCUCGAUUCAUAGAGAUCCUUUGUACUUUCCAGGACCCGAAACUUUCGAUCCCGAUCGAUGGCUCAGCCAGACUCCCGAAAUGAACGCAGCAUUUCAUCCGUUUGGGGCAGGGUCCAGAGUGUGUAUCGGAAUGCAUCUUGCGAUGCUGGAACUCUUUACCGGGAUGGUGAUCUUCUUUCUGAAGUGUCCGACGGCGAGACUGGCUCCUUCUACAACAGAGGAUAGUAUGAAAUUUGAGAAUUACUUCCUUGUGGCGCCGAUAUCCCAUCGCUGUGAGAUCAUGUUAUGCUAG